AUCAUAUAUGGAGAGGGGGAGAGAUGAAGAUUCGUCUGUUUCUUUGUCUGCUCAACCUCUUCUGCGAUAAUAUCUCUGGCCGCGUUCGCUGAACGGAAAAGAGAGAGGGAGAGGGAGCGCGCGCGCGCCUUGGCUUCCCAAAGUGGGAUUUGAGCGGGAAUUUCGGACCGGCGUCUUUGGAAUUGGGUGCUGCUGCUGCCGCUGCUGGAGACGGACCCCUCGGUGCCACUUCCGACUUUAAGCCUUCCUGGGAAAGCCCUCGGUGGCUGUUUUCAAUUUCUUCUCGAAGACACAGCGCCCUCCCUCCCCUCUGUUCCCCACAGCCACCCCACCUCUCUCCCUCUCCUUUCUCUUUCCUCACACACACUAGUUUGUCAGGCACAGCCCGCGGCGGCAGCAGCAGCAACAGAAGUCACUCUCUCACCCACCCACCUUUUGCUCUAAACUCGGAUUUGCCCUCCAGACUGAGCUGCGCUUCUGGUCUGCUGUUCGAGUGGGACAGGAGUUUAAAAAACAAAAAACAAAACAAGAACGGGCUAUAGAGCUUUCACCCAGGAAUAAAAGUAUGUGAACAACGGUGGUUGGUUUAAUUAAGAGGAAACGUGAAGGGAGUACAUAACACUGGUGGAUGCAGCAAAGCCGUUCACUGUGCAAAAAUACCAGACCAGUUCAGAUGUUGCUGUUUCAUCCAUUUGCAGGUCUAUGGAAAUGCAGGAUCUAGCCAGCCCACAUAGCCGACUAAGUGGUAGCAGUGAAUCUCCCAAUGGUCCAAAACUUGAUAAUUCUCACAUAAAUAAUAAUUCCAUGACACCCAAUGGCACAGAAGGUGACAUGACUCUGCUCAACACUGCAGACUGGUUGUUAAAUACUAAUACAGAGACCACUGCAGUUAAAACAGAGCCAAUGAGCAGCAGUGAGAUUGCUACAACAGCAGCAGACGGGUCUUUAGACAGUUUCUCAGGAUCGGCAAUUGGAAGCAGUGGCUUCAGCCCAAGACAAACUCACCAGUUUUCCCCACCGCAGAUAUACUCGUCCAACAGACCAUACCCACAUAUUCUUCCUACACCUUCUUCACAAACUAUGGCUGCAUAUGGGCAGACGCAGUUUACCACAGGGAUGCAACAAGCCACAGGUUAUUCAACAUACCCACAGCCCAGUCAGCCCUAUGGAAUCCCAUCAUAUGGUGCAUUGUGGGCAGGCAUCAAGACAGAAGGUGGAUUAUCACAAACGCAGUCACCUGGACAGACAGGCUUUCUGAGCUAUGGUGCAAGCUUUAGCACUCCCCAGCCUGGACAGGCUCCAUACAGUUACCAGAUGCAAGGAAGCAGUUUCACUACAUCAUCUGGAAUAUAUGCUGGAAAUAAUUCACUUACAAAUUCUACCGGAUUUAAUAGUUCACAGCAGGAAUAUCCAUCUUACUCCAGCUUUGGCCAGGGUCAGUAUGCACAGUAUUAUAACAGUUCUCCGUAUCCUUCACAUUAUAUGACAAGCAGCAACACCAGUCCAACAACUCCUUCUUCCAAUGCAACAUACCAGCUUCAAGAACCACCAUCUGGUAUCACAAGUCAAGCAGUUGCAGAUCCUGCAGCAGCAGAGUACAGCACAAUCCACAGCCCAACAACACCCAUUAAAGAUUCCGAUGCAGAAAGGUUGCGUCGCAGCUCAGAUGGCAAAUCACGUGGUCGAGGUAGAAGGAAUAAUAAUCCUUCACCACCACCUGACUCUGACCUAGAGAGAGUAUUCAUUUGGGAUUUGGAUGAGACGAUCAUCAUUUUCCAUUCCUUGCUUACAGGAUCCUAUGCUAACAGAUAUGGGAGAGAUCCGCCUACGUCUGUUUCCCUGGGGCUGAGGAUGGAGGAGAUGAUUUUCAACUUGGCAGACACACAUCUAUUCUUUAAUGAUUUAGAAGAAUGUGACCAAGUUCAUAUUGAUGAUGUUUCAUCAGAUGACAAUGGCCAGGACUUAAGCACCUAUAACUUCGGAACAGAUGGCUUCCCUGCAGCAGCUACCAGUGCUAAUUUAUGCUUAGCAACGGGUGUGCGUGGAGGAGUAGACUGGAUGAGAAAACUGGCCUUCCGAUACAGACGAGUAAAAGAAAUCUACAACACCUACAAAAAUAAUGUUGGAGGUCUUCUGGGUCCAGCAAAGAGAGAAGCAUGGUUGCAGCUUAGAGCAGAAAUUGAAGCUCUUACAGAUUCUUGGUUAACACUUGCACUAAAAGCACUCACAUUAAUUCACUCUAGGACAAAUUGUGUGAAUAUUCUAGUGACGACUACUCAGCUUAUUCCAGCUCUUGCAAAAGUUUUGCUAUAUGGCCUAGGUGUAGUAUUUCCAAUAGAAAAUAUUUACAGUGCAACUAAAAUAGGAAAAGAAAGCUGUUUUGAGCGCAUAAUUCAAAGAUUUGGAAGAAAAGUAGUAUAUGUUGUUAUAGGAGACGGUGUGGAAGAAGAACAAGGAGCAAAGAAGCAUGCCAUGCCAUUCUGGAGAAUCACAAGCCAUUCUGACCUUAUGGCUCUUCAUCAUGCCUUGGAACUGGAGUACUUAUAGUAGCACUUUGUAACCCCAGAACUUCCCUCAUGCCCAUGGACAAUGUGCCUGCAUAUUGUGUCAGUGCUGGGCUACAGAACCUUGUGAUUUCAUCAUGUUGAUGUACAGCUGCAACUGGUCUUAACCUUUGCCCUAGCAGUAAAUGGAGGAGCAUGUCUCUUUCUUCAGAAACAGCUGUUGAUUCUAGUACUGUGAAUCUAAUGAAAACAAGCCAUGAUGAGAAUGUUUUAACAAUGUGUCCUUAUCACAUUUGCUACAUUGAAAGGUUCAUACCUGUGAAGAGACUGGGAAGUGCUUUGUGGUUUCUAGAAUCUUCAUUGUAGUCCGCAUAACACCUUCUUAAACACAGCAAACUUGAUUGCACAACAAAGACUGAGAUUUUUUUUAAAAAAAAUAAUCCCAUGGAUACAUUUCUUGAAAAUGUUUACUUUUUUUAGCUUUUCUCAGACCCAGGGUACUCUGUAAAUCUUUACUUAUUUAUGAACAGACUCUGUUUUGACACCAUCAGCUAAAUGUGGAUAUGUAUGAUAAAUGAAAGGCUAUAACGAGUGUUUGCCUUCCAAUAACAAAAUGAUUUUGAUUUAAGCACAUUGCAAAGUAGUUUAAAGUAUGUCUAAUUUAAGCAAAUAGGUACAUCACUGAGACAAUCGUGUACAGAAAGAAUGUUUUGGUGUAAAUUUGUAAUGAAUUGAUGAUGUUUUACAUAUUGUUUAGGCAAAUACUAUUGAAAGGUAGUAAUGGCUUUUUGGUGAAGUAUGAGGCAGUGUGUGCACAAACGAUUGUGCUGUGCCUUACGAAAGUAUUGUGUAUAAAUAUGUAGAUAAUGGAAUUUUUUUAGAUUAAUUUGUCAAGACCAAAAGCAUGGAUGUCAAGUGUCAAUAAGGAAUCACUUUUUAUUCUUUCUGUUCUUUCUUCAAGAUUUUUCCUUGGCAAAUCGAUAAUACCAAACACCAGUUAAUACCUCCCCUCCUUUCACCCUGCCCAUCGUGGGCUCCUUGUUUACAUUUUGUACUUGUGCACAUAGGUCCAAGUACAAAAUAUACGUAUCUCGCAAUCUGUUAGAAUGGUUUACAUGUUUAAAUUGCUGCUUUCCUUGCCAAAAUACAUACAGAUGGAGACAUGGUCUGGCACUGCUUCAGCGUGCUUUGCCAAGAGAAGCAGCAAUUCAGUAUACAUGUGUACUCUCAACUGAUGCGAAGCACAUAUAUAGUGCUCAGGUAUAUAUACCUGAGUACAAAUGGUAUAGUUAGAAGUGACUCUUAGGAGAUGCCUGCAAACUAAGAGCAGUGCUGUGCUCUUUCAUUUCAUUGGUUCUACUGAUAAAUAUUGAAUGUGGGAGAAGUAAAUAUUUAAUCUAUUCAUUUACACACACACCCCAAAGGCAGAGGAUUGUUUUUUUAAAAAGUGUUUUAUGUAAUGUAUCAUGACUUAUACAAUAAUAAAACAAAGUGUUCAUACACUCAGAAAGUAAAAAUAAAAAACAACCACUUUGUCUUAAAGUACAAAAGGAGAGCUCUGUCUGGAAUCUAGUCUGGAUAUAUUAAAAUAACUAUGGAUCAUCAGAAACCAUUAUUUCUGUCUCAGCCCCUUUCUUCUAAAAAAAGUAAUACAUUUCUUGCUCAAAUAUUAAAAACAUUUUAUAAAUCUCACACACAUCUGAAAAAGGGCAGAACCCAAUCAGUUAUAAUUUUGCGAUAAGCAGGUCUGAAGCAAACUGACGUUAACACUGAGAUAACAGUAAAAUAUUAUAAAGGCAAAACAUGAUGAUAAGUGUAGUUUUGCAUUAAGUGCUAAAGCAUUUCAUAUCCCCCAGACCUCUCUUUCCUUAUUGUGAAAGUACAAAGAAAUUUGUGGCUUACAGUAAGUUUUGAAAUUACUGUACAGCGCAAGAUCAAAUAUAAGGAAAUCUCAAUUUCUUGAAUGGGUGUGAGCAUUGUGACAUACAUUUCUUUUACUUUUAGACCCAUAAUAUUUAAUUAGAAAUGUCUGGUGCAUCCUUAAUUUUAACCAGUAAUCAGAUUUUUCUAUUGGUCCAUUGCUGGCAAUGGGCACAGAAAAAUAGUUAUUGCCAAUUUUGUUAAGACUGUUUGUAACUAGCUUAUACUACAUUUGAACUGUACCCAUCUUCUGUAAAAUAUUUAAAUCAUGAACAAUCUAUUCAGUUUUACUCAGACCUCUAGAUACAUCAAUGUGAUUCUUUUAGCCAUGGUUAACAUGUGCAUCCUCUCCUCUCCCCAAAGACAACUCCCCCCUCUUGCUGGUAACCAGGGUUAAAAGUAUAUACAUUAGCACCAACAUUGGUGUGGUUACAGCUAAACAAUUUCCUCAAUUGAGUUUUUUAGACUACAGUCCUAUACACUUAUCAGGGAGUAAGCUCAAUGGAACUUACUUCUGAGUAGACAUUCAUAGGAUUGCACUGUUAAACUAAGAUGGAGGUAUGGAAUUUGCUGAUUGGAGGGCUAAAAGAGGGAGUACCUGGUCCUGCAACUUGCCCUCAGCCUUGUAGACAUGACUAAGUGAAGCCCUUUGUCAUAUCUGCACAUGGUCUAUGUGUCUAAUUUUGGGGCCUAAACCUUGGUACUUUCUUUACACUGGUGUCUCCAUUGGAAUUCAACAUCAGUUAUUCUAAUCCUUUCUCCAAGUUCUGGAUUUAUUUUUAUUUUAUUAUUUUAUUUUGCAAAAUAAACCAGCUUGCAAAACAGCUACUAGUAAAGCAACCAUAGUAGCUGUGAGAAAACACCUCUUUUGUGGAGGAUGCAUACUGCUGCUACAGUUUAUAAUUAUUUUAUGGAUUGUUUCAAAUUGUUUGAUUAUAAAUAUGCGCCCCCCAGUCUUCAAUAACUUUAUGUACCAAGAGCAAUUCAAAUCAGGGACUACUCACAGUCUGUAAAGUUUAGCACAUAUACACAAACGUUUUAUUGACAGGGGCUGUAAUUAGUUUAGUUUUGUUUUGUUUUUUGCUUUAAGCAAAACAGAGAUGAACAUUUUCCCCUUUGUUUCAAUUUUUUGUAGUCAAUAGGCUGACUAAAAAAAGUUUAUCUGGGCCUUAUUGUACAAAAAGUGUGUUGUGUCCACAGCUGUGUACAGAAAUUUUCUUUCAUUCAUUUUGUGUUUAAAUUAAUAAAAUUGAU